AUGGCUGAAAAGAAGGGGGAUUUCAACGGUGCCAAUAAGCGACCAAGUGCAGACGAAUCAGACUCUCCCCAGAACAAGAGGUUUAAGGGAUCCGACGCGACGAGUGACGGCUACAACCCUUACCUGGCUCACAUGAACGGAAACGGUGACGGAGAUGGCGACGGCCGGUCUGGGUCCCUCGCAUCGCUGGUCAAAGGCCUGACCCGACACGAGACCACGGCCAAGCAAGCCGAGAAGCUCGAAGAUGCCGAUACGAAUGCUUUCACUGGCGGCUCGCACAGCCAGCAGUAUUUCAAAAUCCUGAAGACGCGUCGCAAUCUCCCCGUUCACCAGCAUCGGCAAGAAUUUCUUGAUGUCUACCACAAGACGCAGAUCAUGGUCUUCGUCGGUGAGACUGGAUCGGGAAAGACGACGCAAAUACCCCAAUAUGUCCUUUACGACGAGCUGCCUCACCUGAACAAAAAGAUGGUUGCUUGCACCCAGCCUAGGCGAGUUGCCGCAAUGUCAGUAGCUCAGCGUGUCGCGGAUGAGCUUGACGUCGAGCUUGGGCAAGAGGUCGGUUAUAGCAUUCGUUUCGAGAACAAGACGACUCCAAGCACCAUACUCAAGUACAUGACCGACGGUCAACUCCUCCGAGAAACGAUCCACGACCCAAACAUGACUCGAUACAGCUGCAUCAUAAUCGACGAAGCCCACGAGAGGACCUUGGCCACAGACAUCCUGAUGGCUCUCUUGAAGCAGCUAUCGCUCAGGCGCAGCGAUCUUAAGAUCAUCAUCAUGUCUGCUACUCUUGACGCUGCCAAAUUCCAGCGCUACUUCUUUGAAGCUCCCAUCCUGGCUGUUCCGGGUCGGACGCAUCCUGUUGAGAUAUUCUAUACGGCCGAGGCGGAGCGCGACUACAUCGAGGCUUCGGUCAGGACGGUGCUGCAAAUCCAUGCCACCGAGGCCGAAGGUGAUAUCCUCCUAUUCUUGACUGGAGAGGAAGAAAUCGAGGACGUCUGCCGCAAGGUGCGCCUGGAAGUCGACGAGUUAAUACGGGAUGCAGACUGUGGGCCAAUGGAAGUUUAUCCUCUGUAUGGUACCCUGCCCCCACAGCAGCAACAAAAGAUAUUCAAUGCAGCACCAGCGCCACUCAAGAAGGGUGGCAGGCCUGGUCGCAAGUGUAUCGUUGCCACAAAUAUUGCAGAGACCAGUUUGACUAUUGAUGGAAUCGUUUACGUCGUCGACCCUGGCUUCAGCAAGCAAAAGAUCUACAAUGCGCGCAUUCGAGUCGAGUCGCUGCUGGUCACGCCUAUCUCAAGGGCAUCGGCACAGCAGCGAGCCGGUCGUGCUGGUCGUACGCGCCCUGGAAAAUGUUUCCGUCUGUACACGGAAGCAGCCUUCAAGAAGGAGCUGAUUGAGCAGACAUAUCCAGAAAUCCUGCGGUCCAACCUGAGCAAUACCAUUUUGGAACUGAAGAAGCUGGGUGUCGAUGACUUGGUGCACUUUGACUUUAUGGAUCCUCCAGCCCCCGAGACAAUGAUGAGGGCGCUAGAAGAGCUCAAUUAUCUUUCUUGCCUGAACGACGAUGGUGAUCUCACUGAUCUUGGUCACAUGGCCUCGGAAUAUCCCCUGGACCCGGCGCUGGCAGUCAUGCUAGUCUCAUCUCCCGAGUUUUAUUGCUCCAACGAGAUGCUGUCUGUCACCUCGCUUUUGUCGGUUCCCCAGGUCUUCAUGAGGCCAGCCAACAACCGCAAGCGUGCUGAUGAGAUGAAGGAGCACUUCAAGCACAUGGAAGGAGAUCAUUUGACGCUCCUCAAUGCCUACCAUGCCUUCAAGAGCGAAAUGGCCAAGGGCACAGAUAUGAAGAAGUGGUGCCAUGAGCACUUCCUAUCCUACAGGCACUUGAGCAGUGCAGACAACGUUCGCGCGCAGCUAAAGGGCAUCAUGGAGCGCCAGGACCUGGAACUUGUGAGCACACCGUUCACGGACAAGAACUACUACACCAACAUCCGCCGCUGCCUUGUCGCUGGUUUCUUCAUGCAGGUCGCUCUACGUGAAACCAGUGGAAAGGUCUACCACACCAUCAAGGACAACCAAAAUGUCAUGCUACACCCAAGCUCUGUUCUCACGACCGACUACGAGUGGGUGCUCUACCAUGAGUUUGUUCUCACAUCGAAGCAAUACAUUCGCACGGUUACUGGCAUUCGGCCUGAGUGGCUCAUCGACAUCGCGCCAAACUAUUAUGACUUGGACAACUUCGAGGAUGACCAGGCGAAGAGGGCUUUGAAAUCUGUUGUGGAGAAGAUGAAGAGGCGAGAGGCGUCAAGAGGAGCCCAGGGUGCAUCUUCCAGACGUUAG